CAGUAGUGGUCCAUUAGUUAAACAAAAGCUCCUUCGGUUGUCUCCAUUGUCUCUUUAUCUAUCCCCGAACCCAGCGAGCAGAGAGAGAGAGAGAGAGAGAGAGAGAGAGAGAGCGAGCAUGCGGUGCGACAUCUCACCUAAAACUAGUAAUUAAAGUUCCCUCUCCCCUAUAUCCUUUUUCAGUUUCUCAGCGCACGAGGGAGAGAGAAGAGGGUUGGACCAGGACCGGUGGGCGCGCGACGACGCCCAGAUGCGCAGCGAAACGGAAUCCAAAGAUUCGCGUCCACCUCGCAUUCACCGUCAACGGAAGACGACGACUUCCCGCCAAAAUCCAAGGCGCACCGUCCCUUUAAAUAAAUCUACUAGGCUUCCGUUGCUGCCAUUAUUUGUAUUUACGCUUUCUGAGAAAGGGAGGCAAUGGGGGCAGCACUGACCAUUGCUCUAAGCCUCGCUCUAUUAUUCACUCUUCUCUCUGUCCUCCUCGCCGACCUCCUGUGCUCCUUCCUCUGUUGUCGGAAGCACCGGUUCGAGACGGCAGCGCCCCACACAAGCGAUGCAGCAGCGGUGGCAGAAGAGGACGCUCCAACUCCGCCCCUCAGCUUCCCCUUCUACGCCCACGGCGUCCUCCAAGCUCCAACAACCUUCCUCCUCACCAUCCCCAAGCUAGAGGCAGCCACAGCAGCGGCGGCGGCGGCUUCAGCUUUACCACCGAAACAAGUAGAAUGCAACUCCCGGAUGCCACUAACUGUGGAGAACGAAUCCCCAUCGGUGCCGGCUUCGCCUUGCAUCCACCGCAUUUCCUCUGCCUCCGUCAACUCUGCUGCUGCCGAUCAUUUUGUUUGCAUCUCCAAUCCCAUCUACGAUGGGAUUGGUGGAGGGGAUGACAUGGGCACCCCAUUUGAGACGCCAGACGCUUCGCCUUCGCAUUUGGGACUUGAAGAGGAGACUGAGAGCGACUACUCUCCGCAGUUAACGGUCAUGAAGAAGCUCCCUUCCGUCGCCCCCCAAGCUUUUUCAGCAGUGGCUUUGAUGGACGGGCGGCCGUCCCUUGCCACCUCGGUGAGUGCCACCGAGACUAAUAGGGUCUCUUCCUCUUCAUCGUCCUGCUCUCUGUGCUGUUCUCCUUCUUGGUGAUUCAUCAUACCAUCCAUCACCUCUAUCAGUAGCGAAAUGUGCUUCAGAUGUAUCGAGCUAAGUGCCCUUUAGUUCCUUGUUGAUGAUGCUCUUCCGUCAAUAAAAUACUGAGGUCUUCUGGGCGCUCUUUACUGUCUUUGUUUGUGGGGCGUUUGGCGGGGGAGAGGCAUGUAGGUUGUGCAAGGAUUGGGAUAAAGUGCAUGUGAGAGCUCAAAAAGCGUAAAUAUUUGCGCUGCAGUGAAACCAUUUCAGCAAGUAAUUCAGGAACGUCUAGAUUUUAUUCACAGAUUUAAGCCCCUGGUACAAACUCCAGACGGGAAGGGAAAAAAAAUUGGGGCUAAUUGUGUCAAAUAAGUUUGCCAGAGUACAGUGCAGCUGCAUUGCACGUGGUGGUUUCAUUCAAAGGUUGGACGACGUAUGGAGUCAAAUGAUCGAUCCAGUCGUUAUCUCAAGCUUGUAUGUGGGGCUUUUGGUUGCAGAAAAGGAGAGACGUGUAAUUAUAAAAGUCCCGUCUACGGAUGCAUGCUUUUAUAGGCCCUUGUAGCGUAUGAAUGUGAUAGGUGAUGCUGAAUCAUCUGAAGAAAACGAUUGGAGUUGUUUGGUACUCUGAGCAACCCACUGCUUUUCUCCUCUUCUCCGACUCUUUCUUCCUUUCUUUGGCUUUUGGCAGCGGUUUCAAGUCUGCAGCCCAGCUGCCUGCUUAAAAAUAUUGUCGUCUUUGCUGAUGGGAUGCAGCCUUGCUUUGGACCUGACCUUGGCUCGUUGGGUAAAGACGGCAU